AUGGCCCCCGACCAAGACGACACCAAAGGCGACCUCUCCUCCUCCCCCCAAGACGAGGACGUCGACGACUCCGCCUCUCCUUUCUCCACCUCCGAUGCUGUCACCUCCCGACUCGAAAAAGCCAUUGCAGCCUCCAAUCCCUUCGACGACGGUGUCGCCACCAAGGAAAUCCAUAUCAAUCCUUUUACUUCUCUAUCUAUUCGAAUCUUCCUCCCCGAAUCCGCUCUCAACCCGUCGGAGCCCUCCUCCAAGCCGAGGAGGAACAGCUACGGCUUCAGCUAUGGCUUCAGCAACGUCGUUGAGGGGUUGAAUUUGAUGGCCGGAGUAUGCUCCGGGGUCUACAGAGGGUACUCGCCGGGUCAGACGAAGCAAGAGAUUACAGCCACUUAUUCGAUUAAGUUCGAAUCAAGAGAAGCCAACAAGUCCACCAGUGAUGUGAAAUCUAGAGUUUCGCCGCCGAUCUCCUCUUCCCCAAUGCUCUAUUCAACAGCUCCGGACAAUAGGUACCUGCCAGUGUUUGAAGACGGGUUGAAUUGGUUGGGGAAGCAGGCUGAUAUUACUAAGAUAACGGGUCGUACUGAAUCGUGGUCAUCACUGGCGCGGUGGGGGUAA